AUUUGGAAAGAAGAGAGAUGAAAAGGCAGGAAAGGCUGGGCAGAAGGGGGCUCCAAAGCAUGGUGGCCUGAGAGAAGAGGAGCUGGAAAAAAUGAAAGAAGAGCGUGAACGGAUUGGAGCAAAACAUCAGGAGCUAAGAGAAAAGCAGGCAAGAGGUCUCGCUGAUUAUGCUAUCGGUGCAAUUGGAUCAGUGCACGAUAUGGAUGAUGAUGAAAUGGACCCCAAUUACGCCAGAGUGAACCACUUUCGGGAACCAUGUGCAUCAGCGAAUGUCUUUAGAUCUCCAUCUCCUUCUCGGGCUGGACCUCUUGGUUACCCUCGGGAUGGCCGUCCACUGUCUCCAGAGAGAGACCACUUAGAGGGUCUCUAUGCCAAGGUUAACAAGCCAUACCAUCCACUGCCUCCAGUUGACAGAUCCUGGAUUGAACUACCUGGAUGCAGAACCUAAGCUUCAUUAACAGCCCUUCCAAUUUUUGAAGUGACUGCUCUGACCACCUUCA